AUGUCCGACUUUGGCCUUUUGCGAUCUCCUUUGACACCUUCAAACAACUCUAUCAACCGCGCCAGCUCUCCUUCUGGAAACCGUCCCAUCACCAUGAACCCUCACGGUCGCUAUUCGCUCGGCAAGGGCGCAACGACCGAACAGAUGAUGCGUCUCGCCCAGCAGGGCAACGCCGGCCACGACAAUGCCAUUCGCAGCCCUUCCAUGGGCGGUAAUGCUGUCAUGUCUGGCGCUUCUGGCUCUCGCAAUCUUCGUCCCAGCUCUGAAAUGCUGCCCACCAUGAACCACCACGGCACCCCCGAAACCGAGGCCAUUGAUCGCUGGUUCGAGGACUUGCAGCACUACGAGGCCACUCUCGAAGAGAUGGCAGCUGCCUCGCUCGACCAGAACUUCAAGGAAGAGCUCAGUGCCAUCGAGCAGUGGUUCCGCGUUCUCUCGGAAGCUGAACGUACUGCUGCUCUCUACAGUCUGCUGCAGGAGUCGACGCAAGUCCAGAUCCGCUUCUUUAUCACUGUGCUUCAGCAGAUGGCUCGCAGCGACCCCGUCUCUGCCUUGCUCUCGCCCAGUCACCAUAACUCCUCUAUGGCCGACCAGAUGGAGGCCAAGCUCGCCAGUCUCGGUCUAAAGUCACCUAGUGCCAUGAAGGCUCCUCCGUCGCCUGGCGGAAACCGAGGCUACCGUCAAUCUUCGGAUGCCGCGGGCUUCCUCUCGCCCAACGUUGCUGCCAUGUAUAGCCCUGGCAAUGCUGAUGCCGCUUCCACCCUCGCCGCUCAGCGAGCCAAGCUGAAAGCCAACCGCACCUCGGCUCCCGGUACUUUGCUUGGCGAGAGCCGCAAUUCCUACUCGGGCGGUCAGCUCGACCAGGUGCAGGAACGAGGCGGCUCGCCUAACCCGCAGCAACAGCAGCAACACACGCUUUCGGGCGACCACUCGCGUCCCAAGUCGACCGAUCUGAGCAACAGCGUCGGCCGUUCGCCCCGAGCUAGCGGUCCCCUCGACGAUCAGCUCUCCCCCAUCACUGCCACGGGCAACUGGUCGAGCAUGGUCAACACCCCACUCGUGCCCAUGUUCAGCGACAAUGACAAGGCCGGCACUGGUGAAGCCAACGUCAAUCUCGAGACCGCCGCGGCUCAGCUUGCGAGCCUGCAACAGCAGCAACACCAGGGCAGUGGCAACGGACGCGUCAUGGUCGACCCCGAUAUGCCUCGAUACCGUCGUAAGAGCAACCAGAACCAGGCUGGUGGUGCUUACGGCCAGGGAGGCAACAUGUACGAUCAGACCAGCCCUGGUGUCUCGCCUAACAUCGGCAUGCAGUCCGGCUGGGGCCAGAACGACAACUUUGGUCGAGGUGGUCUCAAUGCUGGCUCCUCCGCUUUUGGUGGGAACAACGGUGGCAACCAGUUCAACAUCCCACCCAUGAGCCCUAACGCGCUUGCAGGUCUGCAGAGCCCCUCGGGCGGUCUUGCCAACCCUCUCAACAUGCAGAUGAUGAAUGCCAUGGCAGCCAUGGGUGGCUUCAACCUGAACAACAUGAACGCUGCCCAGUUCCUCGCAAUGCAGCAGCAGGUCCUGCAGAAUCAGCAGACCUUGUCUGUGUUGGCACAACAGCAGCAAUUGCAGCAGCAGCACGGUCGCAACCUCCGUUCUUUCGGUGGCGGUGCUCUCUCCCCUGGCAUCAGUGGCCAGGCUGGUGGACGAAAGAGCCCUCGAGGUGGAACCUCGCCCUCAGGUCGACCUGUUGCUUUACCCGGGUCUUCCAACAGCGGCGGAGUUGGCGGUGCAGGAGCUAGCAACAACACUGCUGGCGGAGGAGGAGAAGAGGAAAUCGCAGACUUGGCUACGCUCGAAGAUGUGCCUGCUUGGCUGCGCCAACUGCGUCUACACAAGUAUACCCCGAACUUUGAGACGAGCAACUGGAAGGAGAUGGUGCUCAUGGAUGACAAGAAGCUGGAAGAGAAGGGAGUCGCUGCUCUGGGUGCUCGACGCAAGAUGCUCAAGACGUUUGAGCUCGUUCGAAAGAAGUACGGCAUCAAGAUGGAUGGCGAGAACGAGCCUGGGUCUGGAGUUGCCGGCAGUCACAACGGCAAGGAAGCCGAUGGUGAGGAUGCGGGAGAGAGCAACGACGCCAAUGAGGUUGAUCGUGAACUUGGAGGUGGAGCGGCCAGCAAGGAGUAG